AUGGCAUCUCAUGCUGAAAUGACAGCAAGCAAUAUGCUACGUCUUCAAGGCUUUCCUAGUAAUAUGGGAAAACAAAGGAGUAGUUUUAUAUCCACAAGACACCCACCUUCGAGAAGGUCACGAGUGGUUCGACAUUGCCUGAACCUACGUCAUCUUUGCCGUUUACCUAAUCAAAGGGCUAUUGUUCCAAAUAUCCGACCAAUGCCUGCUCUCACUGCUGCAGUAUCCAGCGGAGUUAAUAGUCCAUUGAUAGAGGCAUCUGGUGAUGACAUGGGAUUAGUUUCAAGGAUUAUUCACUUUUAUCGCAAACCAUUUCUUCAAGAGAGUGAGGCCAAGGAGUUACUCAGGAAAGUGCAGGCAAAGGUUUCUUCUAAUAUUAUUGAUAUAAAGACUGAGCAAUGCUUCAAUGUUGAGUUGGAGGAUGCACUAGGUUCUACAAAGCUCGCAACACUUCAGUGGCUCCUAGCAGAAACUUAUGAACCUGACAACCUACAAACAGGGAGCUUUCUGGAGGAGGAAGUUUCUAGGAGCUCUUAUUGCUUCCUUGUUGAGGUUGGUCCCCGGAUGACAUUUUCGACAGCUUUCUCAACCAAUGCUGUCUCGAUUUGUAAAGCUCUAUCAUUAAUGGAAGUAACUCGCCUGGAGAGGUCUAGAAGAUAUCUUUUGUGCCUUCAGCCUGGUAGUGACCCACUUGAUGAAAGCCAACUCAACAGCUUUGCUGCUUUGAUUCAUGACAGGAUGACAGAAUGUGUUUAUCCUAGCAAGCUCACAUCAUUUCGGUCGGAUGUAGUUCCAGAACCUGUCAGUGUUAUACCAGUCAUGGAAAGGGGAAGGGAAGCACUGGAGGAAAUAAAUCUUAAAAUGGGUCUGGCUUUUGAUGAACAAGAUAUCAAGUACUACACUCACCUAUUCAGAGAUGACAUCAAACGCAAUCCAACUACCGUGGAACUUUUUGACAUAGCGCAAUCAAACAGUGAGCACAGCAGACAUUGGUUUUUUAAUGGAAAGCUUGAGAUAGAUGGAGAGACCAUGCCAAGUACUCUGUUUCAGUUAGUAAAGAGCCCCUUGAAGGCUAACCCUAAUAACUCUAUUAUUGGGUUCAAGGAUAACUCGAGUGCAAUAAAAGGGACUCUUGUAAAUCACCUACGCCCAGCACUACCAGGUUCCACUUCACCGCUAACCCUGAUGAUGUGUGAACUAGGCAUUCUGUUCACAGCAGAAACCCAUAAUUUUCCAUGUGCCGUGGCACCCUACCCAGGAGCUGAAACAGGUGCAGGUGGCCGCAUAAGGGACACACAUGCCACUGGAAAGGGCUCAUUUGUUGUUGCUUCAACUGCUGGUUAUUGUGUUGGAAACCUUCAAAUUGAAGAAUCAUAUGCACCUUGGGAGGAUUCAUCUUUUGCAUACCCAUCAAACUUAGCUCCUCCGUUGCAGAUUCUUAUUGAUGCUAGCGACGGUGCUUCUGACUAUGGGAACAAGUUUGGCGAGCCUUUAAUUCAGGGAUUUACAAGAAAUUUUGGUUCUAGGUUGCCAAACGGGGAGCGUCGUGAAUGGCUGAAGCCUAUAAUGUUCAGUGGGGCAAUUGGGCAGAUUGACCAUGCACACAUAUCGAAAGGGGAUCCAGAAAUCGGCAUGCUAGUUGUGAAGAUUGGUGGUCCAGCAUACAGAAUUGGUAUGGGUGGUGGUGCUGCCUCAAGUAUGGUUAGUGGACAGAAUGAUGCAGAGCUCGAUUUUAACGCAGUGCAGCGGGGAGAUGCUGAGAUGGCACAAAAGUUAUAUCGCGUGAUCAGGGCAUGUGUGGAAAUGGGAGAGAAGAAUCCAAUCAUCAGCAUUCAUGAUCAGGGAGCUGGAGGAAACUGCAAUGUCGUGAAAGAAAUAAUCUAUCCUAAGGGUGCUGAAAUUGAUAUCCGCUCAAUUGUUGUUGGUGAUCACACAUUGUCUGUGUUGGAGAUCUGGGGUGCUGAAUACCAGGAACAAGAUGCAUUAUUGGUGAAGCCUGAGAGCAGAAACCUGUUGCAAUCACUUUGUGAUAGAGAGAGAGUUUCAAUGGCUGUCCUUGGUGAAAUUGAUGGUAGUGGAAAGAUUGUUUUAAUUGACAGUGCUGCUGUGGAGCAUGCAAUGUUGAGUGGCCUUCCUCCUCCACCACCUGCUGUUGAUCUUGAGCUUGAAAAGGUUUUAGGAGAUAUGCCUCAGAAGACCUUUGAUUUCAAGCGAGUUCCUCGAUCGAGUGAACCCUUAGACAUAGCACCCGAGAUUACACUGAUGGAUGUUCUUAAGCGAGUAUUGAAGCUUCCCUCAGUAUGUUCAAAGCGUUUCUUGACCACUAAGGUUGACAGAUGUGUGACAGGUCUUGUGGCACAACAGCAGACGGUUGGCCCACUGCAACUACCACUUGCUGAUGUUGCUGUAGUCGCACAGACAUACACAGAUCUUACUGGCGGUGCUUGUGCCAUUGGAGAACAACCAAUAAAGGGUUUACUUAAUCCUGAGGCUAUGGCAAGGCUUGCUGUUGGGGAGGCAUUGACCAAUCUGGUUUGGGCUAAAGUUACAUCUCUUGCUGACGUCAAAGCAAGUGGCAAUUGGAUGUACGCUGCAAAGAUUGAUGGAGAGGGAGCAGAUAUGUAUGAUGCUGCUGUCGCAAUGGCUGACUGCAUGAUUCAACUUGGUAUUGCAAUUGAUGGAGGAAAGGAUAGUCUUUCUAUGGCAGCUCAAUGUGAUGGCGAGCUAGUCAAAGCUCCAGGAAAUCUUGUUAUCAGUGCUUAUGUGACAUGUCCUGAUAUAACCUUAACGGUUACUCCAGAUCUAAAGCUUGUGAAGGACGGGGUUCUGUUGCAUGUUGACCUGGCUAAAGGAAAGCGACGACUUGGUUGUUCUGCUCUCGCACAAGCGUUUGAUCAAAUUGGAAAUGACUGCCCAGACAUAGAAGAUGUCCCUUACUUGAAAAAGGUCUUUGAGGUUGUUCAAGAAUUGCUCAGCGAACGCCUGAUUUCUGCUGGUCAUGACAUUAGUGAUGGUGGGCUUAUUGUCACCAUUCUUGAGAUGGCAUUUGCUGGCAACUGUGGUGUUAACCUCAACAUAGAAUUAAAAGAUAAUGACCUUCUUCAAACACUUUUUGCGGAGGAGCUUGGUCUUGUAGUUGAAGUGCAUUUGGAUGACCUUGAUGUAGUGAAGCAAAAACUUCAUGCGGCAGGGGUUUCUGCUAAUGUGAUAGGAAAAGUAACUGCAGCACCAGAAAUAGAGCUGUGUGUUGAUGGUGAGGUGCGUUUGAAAGAAAGAACUUCAGAUCUCAGAGAUUUGUGGGAGGAAACAAGCUUUCAGCUUGAGGAGCUACAGCGGCUGAAAUCUUGUGUCAAGCUUGAGAAAGAAGGCCUAAAAAGCCGAACAUCGCCCUCAUGGCAUUUGUCUUUUACGCCCAAAUUCACGGAAAAGAAACUACUGUCUGCAUCCUCGAAACCGAAGGUUGCCAUCAUUCGGGAAGAAGGGAGCAACAGUGAUAGGGAAAUGUCUGCUGCAUUCCAUGCUGCUGGUUUUGAACCGUGGGAUAUUACAAUGUCGGAUCUCUUGAACCAAAAGGCUUCUCUAACGGAAUUCCGUGGGAUUGCAUUUGUUGGUGGAUUUAGCUAUGCAGAUGUUCUUGACUCAGCAAAAGGUUGGGCUGCAUCUAUCAGGUUCAACCAGCCCCUCAUACAGCAGUUCCAGGAGUUCUACAAUAGGCCAGACACAUUCAGCCUUGGGGUGUGCAAUGGGUGUCAGCUCAUGGCUCUUCUUGGUUGGGUACCAGGACCUGAUAUUGGAGGCUCGCUUGGUGCAGGUGGAGACAUGUCCCAGCCAAGGUUCACUCACAAUGAAUCUGGCCGUUUUGAAUGUCGGUUUAUCAGUGUGGCCAUAGGGGAUUCUCCUUCUAUAAUGUUCAAAGGUAUGGAAGGCUCUACUUUGGGCAUUUGGAGUGCUCAUGGUGAAGGGAGAGCCUUCUUCCCAGAUGAAAAUGUCUUGUCUGAUGUUGUCAAUUCAAAUCUGGCCCCUCUGAGGUACUGCGAUGAUGCUAAUAAUGUCACAGAGGUUUAUCCUUUCAACCCUAAUGGCUCUCCGCUUGGUAUUGCGGCCCUUUGCUCCCCUAAUGGAAGACACCUUGCUCUGAUGCCACACCCGGAGCGUUCCUUUAUGAUGUGGCAGUACCCAUGGUAUCCCAAGGAGUGGCAGGUUGAGAAGGGUGGUCCCAGUCCUUGGUUGCGCAUGUUCCAGAAUGCAAGAGAGUGGUGUUCAUAG